GACAACUACCACAAUUCCGGUCACAACAACCACAGCUGCUUCGACUAUAACAACAGCAGCAACCAACACAAUCACAGGAGCUACCACCACAACCACUACUGCUCCUACUACAACCACAGCUCUUGUCAUGACAACCACAGAUGCUCCAACUACAACCACAAUUGGAGUCACAACAUCCACAGUUUCUCCCACAACAAUCACAGCUGCUGCCACAACAACCACAGAUGCUCCAACUACCACAACAAAUGGAGUCACAACCACAGUUUCUCCCACAACAACCACAGGUGCUGCAACUACAACCACAGGUCCUGCUACGGUCAACACAGCAGGCAUCACAACUACCACAGAUUCUCAGUCAACAACCACAGCUGCUCCAACUACAACCACAGCUACAACACCAACAACAGCUGCUGCCACGACAACCACAGAUGCUCCAACUACAACAACAAAUGGAGUCACAACAUCCACAGUUUCUCCCACAACAACAACAGCUGCUUUCACAACAACCACAGGAGCUGCCACCACAACCCCUACUACAUCCAUAGCUCCUGUCAUGACAACCACAUAUGUUCCAACUACAACCACAAAUGGAGUCACAACAUCCACAGUUUCUCCCACAACAAUCACAGCUGCUGCCACAACAACCACAGAUGCUCCAACUACAACCACAAAUGGAGUCACAACAUCCACAGUUUCUCCCACAACAACCACAGCUGCUGCCACAACAACCACAGGUGCUGCCACCACAACCACAGGUGCUGCUACGGUCACCACAGCAGGCAUCACAACUACCACAGUUACUCAAUCAACAACCACAGCUGCUCCAACUACAACCUCAACUACGUCCAUGGUGACCACCACAGUUCCUGCCAUGACAACGACACCUGCAACUGCUGCAGCAGCCACCACAACCACAGUUGCUGCAACAAUGACCACAGCUGCUCCAACUACAACCACAGCUACUGCUGCAACCACAACCACAGCUGCCCCCACGACCACCACAGCUGGCAUGACGACUACCACAAUUCCGGUCACAACAACCACAGCUUCCUCGACUACAACAACAGCAGCAACCACCACAAUCACAGGAGGUGCCACCACAACACCUACUGCUCCUACUACAUCCAUAGCUCCUGUCAUGACAACCACAGAUGCUCCAACUACAACCACAAAUGGAGUCACAACAUCCACAGUUUCUCCCACAACAACCACAGCUGCUGCCACAACAACCACAGAUGUUGCCACCACAACCACAGGUGCCGCCACCACAACCACAGGUGCCGCCACCUGCUCCAACUACAACCUCAACUACGUCAAUGAUGACCACCACAGCUCCUGCCAUGACAACGACACCUGCAACUGCUACAGCAGCAACCACAACCACAGUUGCUGCAAUACCAACAACAACAGCUGCUCCAACUACAACCACAGCUACUGCUGCAACUGCAACCACAGCUGCCCCCACGACCACCACAGCUGA